AUGUCGGACCCCGAACCCGCAAACGCAGCACAUAAGGGUCCGCGCGCCCUUGGCGAUCUGCCCGAUGAACUACUCAUACAAGUUAUGAACCUCCUCCCCACACAGCACGAUCUCGGCUCCGUGUGUCUGGUCUCCAGACGCAUGAAUUCCAUCGCCGACCCCGUACUCUACAAGUCCAUCCUCUUCGACAAGCCCAAGCACCAUCUACUAUUCUCCGAGUCGCUGGUCACGCGUCCCAGAAGGGGCUCCCUGAUCCAGAAUGUACGCGUCGAUUUUGCCAGCGCCGAGAUGAAAGAUCUCCUGUGUUUGACGGACAUGCCGCACCCCAUCGAUCGAUUUUCUCAUACCAUCUCUACCAUGUCGAAUCUGGAGGAUCUGGUCAUCUCCGUGCCGGACAGCUUGUCGCAUGGCAUUGGAAAUCUGUUCAACGGGCCAUUUGAUCUGGCGUGCUCCCUGUUCUACCAACGUGAGGACGGCGGUUAUUGGGAUCUUCAGGAGAACAUCCACAUCUUUGGCCAUCCAACCCUCGAACACCUGACAAUCCGCCACGCGAAGCUCGAUGAGCGCGGUUUCGAGUCCCUGGAGAAACCGUGGUACACAGGUCUCAAGGCUUUGUUCCUCCUGGAAUGCGACAUCCACGAUGACGCGCUUGCCGACCUGCUCGUUCUCCCGGAGGCGCUUGAGGAAAUUACCAUUACGCAGCUCGAGGAUCCGGAACCAGCACUUGAGGAAAGCCCAGAGUACAUGGAAGACUACAUCCUCGCGUGUCGGUCGGCCCAGCACUCCCUUCAGCGAAUUACCAUCGACUUUCCUACCCUCGCUGCCAAGAACCCGUUGAAGCUGCGAGAUUUCGAAUUGCUGAAGGAGUUGAAGUUGAGGGAUCACCAGCUGUUCGGAAUGAAGACCCCAAGACUGUUUUCGGUAGCGCUGCCGCAGAACCUGGAGGUCUUGGAGUUUCUGAGCGAGGUGGGCACGGAUGAGGAGGUGGCCGAGCUACUGUGCUACACGAUCGAGAACAAGGCUAUCCUCGCACGGAAAUGGACGGAUCUGGUUGUCGUGGAAGGCAAAGGCGUGCCGGACCGGAUUAAGGAGGUUUGUGGACCUUUCGAGGAGUUCUUGCAGAUGAAGUGA